AUGAGUACGACGUACAACCUUGAGCCAAACCCGACGGCCAAAGUCGUCCUGCACACGACCACGGGCGACCUCGAAAUCGAGCUCUUCGCCAAGCAGACGCCCGUGACCUCGCGCAACUUCCUGCAGCUGUGCCUCGAUGGCUACUACGACAACACCGUCUUGCACCGCCUGGUCAAGGGCUUCAUCCUCCAGGGCGGCGACCCCACGGGCACCGGCCAGGGCGGGGAGAGCAGCUACGAUGGCGAGCCCUUUGCGGACGAGUUCCACAGCCGGCUGAAGUACACGAGGCGAGGCCUGCUGGGCAUGGCCAACACGGGGAAGAAGGACGACAACGGCAGCCAGUUCUUCUUCACCCUGGCGGCGACACCAGAGCUGCAGGACAAGAACACCAUGUUUGGCCGCGUGGCAGGCGACACCAUCUACAACCUGAUGAAGAUGGCCGAGGCCGAGAUACGGGACGGAAGCGACGAUCAGCCCAUGUAUCCCACCAAAGUCACCGGCGCCGAGAUCAUCAUCAACCCAUUCGACGACAUGGUCAAGAGGGUGCAGGUGGCUGCGCGCACAGAGCCCGAGACCAAGAAGCCCAAGAAGCCCAAGAGGAAGGCCGGCAAGAACGUGCUCAGCUUUGGUGACGAUGCAGCCGAGGCCGACUCUGCGCCCAUUGCGAAGAAGCCCAAGUUCAACACCAAGCUGGUCAGUGCAGGCGAGGAAAAGCCCGUGUCGAAAGCACCCGAGGAGACGAGAGAAAUACCCAUACGCAAGCCAUCCCGAAAAUCGCCGCCGACGUCUCCGUCACCCAAACCCGCUCCAAAAGCCGCGCUCAGGUCGCCACCCAAGCCCAAAGCCAAAAGUCCACCACGCGAGCUUUCGCCUGAAUCUGAGAAACGAUCGAAACUAGACCGUGUGAACCAGCAGAUCGCCGACCUCAAGGCAUCCAUGAAACGAAACACAUCCGCCCAAGAUACAGGGCCGGCCAAAAAGAAGUCGCUACUAGAGGCCAUGGUGCCGACAUCCACAACACGAGGAAGGAAGCGAGGGGCUGGUGGCAACGCAAAGGACGAACAAUCCGCGCUGGACAUCCUCUCCCGAUUCAAGUCGAAACUGGAAUCAGCCGACUCCACCGCAGCCCCCAAGACCGUCACACCGACACUACCCGAGGACGCAACGAAUGGCAACUCCAAUGGAAAUGCGAAUGGAGCCAAUGAUGAAGACGAGGCUGCAUGUGACUUGCAUUUCAUAGUAGGUUGCCAGUCUUGCAAAGCCUGGGACAAGCAGGAUGAAGAGGAGUCAGAUGACGACGCGGGAUGGAUGUCACAUUCGCUGAGUUUCGCAAAAGACAGACUGGGCAAGGAUCUCGAGUGGAAGCGGAAGAACGAAGAGGAGCUGUUGGUCAUUGACCCAAGAGAGGAGGCGAAACGGCAUAAAGCUGAAGGUAAAAAGGUCAGGAGUGCUGUCGCCAAAAUGCCGGUCAAUUGGAAUGACAAAGACGUUCUCGAGCGCCUCUUCAUCGCGACUCUCGCCUCUCUUGACAACAAGAUCAACAUCAACGAAGUUGCUCGCAUCUAUGGCGAGGAUGUGACCUAUCACGCCCUCGAGAAUCGGAUGCGUAGAUACAAGAAGGAAGCUGCAACGCUCAAAGAUGAAGCAGCAGACCGUGACGGCGCUGUGAAGAGUCCGAUGAAGACACGCACCAAGAAGAGCGACGCUGGUUCUUCCAAGGGCGCUGUCAAGACUGGGCGAAUCACAAAGAAGGCGACUACUGCUACAAAGAUCAAGUCUGAGCCGCUUGUUGAGGAAGAGCUGCUUCACGGUAUGGGCGAGGAGGCGAUCUCGUUCAUCAUGGCUCCCCUCAACUCAAUUGUCGCGGCUCUUGCUUUAAUGAGCUUCAAAGCUCUCGCCGCUAUAUCGAUUGAUAAUAAAACUUAUGAGUACAUUGUUGUAGGCUCUGGACCUGGCGGUGGACCGCUUGCUUCCAAUCUUGCCAGAGCCGGUCACUCUGUGUUGCUCCUUGAAGCUGGAGAUGACCAGACGGAGAACGUCAACGUUUCCAAUUGGUUGAACUUCAAUAUGGCAGGCAACGACCCGGCCACACGAUGGGAUUUCUUCGUGAAGCACUCUGAUGACGAAGCCAGGGAAGCAAGAUACUUGCAUAGAACUUGGCGCACGCCAGAUGGCAGCUUCUACGUUGGCACUGUGCCCCCCGAAGACUCUACCGCUCUGGGAAUUUACUACCCACGCGCAGGCACUCUAGGGGGCUGUGCUAUGCAUAAUGGCUGCUUGACGAUGAAUCCCAACGAUGCGGAUUGGGAUGAGAUCGCCGACAUGACUGGAGACGACUCUUGGUCGCAUGAGAAUAUGAGGAAAUAUCUUGUCAAGCUUGAAAAAGUGCAUUACAACAGCACAUACGAACAUGGUCAUGACGGUUGGCUCGAUAUGACUAUGCUGGACCCUGGCUACACGACCAGCGCAGAUGCUAAGCAGCUCAGCGGAUUAGCUGCACAAGCUGCGGGCUACUCUUUGUCUUCCACCUCAACACUACUACAGCGCGACAUGAACGGGGCUCAAUCCGGUCGCGAUCAUCUUGUCGGACCAUUUGGAGGGGUCUCUCAUAUCAACCCCAAUGGACGUCGGUCGUCGCCCGGCUUUUACGCUCGAGAUACGGCUGCUUCCGGUAAGUACCCGCUGACUAUCUCGCUGGACACGUUAGCAACCAAGAUCAUGUUCGACAAAGCUUAUCCAGGUCUUCCAAAAGCAAUCGGUAUUGAGUACCUGCAUGGGAAGAGUCUUUACAGUGCUGAUCCUCGUUACAACUCUAACGUCAAAGGCGUUGUGGGGAAGGUGUUCGCGUCAAAGGAAGUGAUCAUCUCUGGGGGAGCUUUCAACUCGCCACAGCUCCUCAUGCUUUCCGGUAUCGGUCCGCUUAAGCAACUUGCCAAGUUUAACAUUACACCAGUGGUAGACUCGCCUGGCGUGGGCAAACAGAUGGCUGACAACUAUGAGGCUGGUAUCUUAUCGCUAGGCAAUCGUACCGUUACUGGCAUGUCGGAGGUCUAUCCAAACUUUUGGAAGACUUCUACUUCGCAACUGGGAAUCCGAGACAUCUAUAUGUGGUGUGGUUCUUUCCUCUUCGAGGGGUUCUGGCCAGGCUUUCCCAACCGACCUCCAUACUUUAAUGAGACCUACGGCCCAGCGCAGUACGAAUGCGCAAUGGUUCAUAUGAACCCACGCUCCCAAGCGGGUACGGUUGAACUUCGAUCUGCUGACCCGCGUGACGUUCCUGCCAUUAACCUCAACUUCUUCAAAGAUGGAGCAGAGGAAGAUCUUCAAGCUAUCUACGAGGGUGCCGAAUGGGUACGUUCCUGGUUGUCGAAAGUAGAUCCAUCGGCACCUGACUCGUUGGCUCCUUUCCGCGAGCUGCAUCCAUGUGAAGGCGUGAUUGGGAAGCAAAACUGUACAAUCGAGAGCCAGAAGGCGUACAUAAAAGAGCAGGCUUACAGCCACCAUGCUAGUAGUAGUUGCAGGAUUGGUACUGAUGGAGACAAGUACGCCGUACUGGAUAGCAAGUUCAGAGUGAGAGGAACAAGGGGUUUACGAGUUGUGGAUGCAAGCUCGUUUCCUAAGGUGCCUGGAGGCUUCCCAGUGCUGCCUACUAUGAUGAUCAGCGAAAAGGCUACCGAGGAUGUCCUCGCUGACACAAAUCGCCCUCCCGCCCAUUCACCUCUCUCCACAUCCCUCCCCAUUCUUCCGGUGUCGCAACUCUUUUGGCGAAGCAUUUCAAAGCGAGUAGUAUUCAAUUACUCACGUCAAAAACACUGUUUUCGCACCGAGGCCAUGCUCUUGAUUUCACUUCUCUUCUUGUUGCUCUCACCUGCCUCAAUUCUCGCCAAAAGCGUGCCGCGUCUCGACAAUGCCAAGAACCACGAUCAGCGUAUUGUCAACCUCUCGUACACUGGCUUCGGCAGCGCAACGAUCACGUUCAAAGACCCACGAGAAAACGAGAUAUUUGACUACGCCAUUGUCACGAGAUACACCACCUAUCACCCAAACAUCCUCACCAAUGCUCUAGUGGCCAACCGUUACAAGACUACCAUGCUCGAAAGUGGUAGACUAUGUGGCUGGGCGAAAGUUAAAUCCGUGUAUAGAACGCUGGGUAUGGACUUCCGCAACCAUCGUGGCGAUAUCUACUGGAAAUAUAGUGACUCAACCCACAUACCAUCGUCCAUGAGUCAAGCACCCAGCGAGGACAUUAUCAACGACAUCACAAACAUCCUCAUCCGUAACCCGCCUGCUGGAGACGUCUAUUUGCUUUGCACGAUUAUCCUCGCAUGGACAACCAGCCUACUAGGCUACAUGCUCUUCAUGAUACUGCUUAUGGCCUGCAUCAAGAAGUUUGAUCGGAACACGAAUAGAUCAAAGGAUACUGAGGUCGACGAGGGUAUCGAGCUCGACUCGAUGGAGACACCUAAUGACGACAGUCUGUCGGAGACCGUCAUCGGAGUAACACCAUUCGAGGAUGUCAAAUACACCUAUACCAGCCCUCCGUCUGGUCGCACUCCUUCCACAGGCUCGAUGCGCUCAGGUUUCCUCCCCAGGUACUCACGGGAAGAAACCAGACAUGGGUCGACAUUCGACAAUAUCCGGAUAGGCUGA